AUGGCACCCAGAAGCACACUCAGGGGCGGGGCGAAACCACCUCAGCAGAUGCGGAACAUCACUAGCAGACCACGUUUAACCCAUUUCCUCUGCCUGCCAUUGGUAAACCCAACCUCCAUUCCACAGCUAGUCUCAUCCCUGGCAGAAUUCCGGGAUUCCAUCCCACUCGUACCUCCCCCUGUCUCCGCUCUUGCAGGAGCUUCAGCUCAGCUCCCUCACACACCCCUUUUCCCUAAUGGAGCGCUGAGGCCACUAGGCACUUUGCACCUGACCCUUGGGGUCAUGAGUCUGCCUACCAAAGAGCGCCUAGUGGAAGCGCUGGCAUUCUUUCACUCAUUGGAUCUUGAAUCGAUGUUGCGAGAUGUGGAGGCUCAGGCGAGGGCUGUAACGGCCGGUGAAAGUGGUAUAUCAUAUGCCAUCGCUGCUGAUACGGCACCACAGCCGCUUAUAAUUGAUUUAAAAUCCCUACAUGCGCUUCCCAAAGCGAGGGCUGCCACAAUUCUCCACGCGCAGCCCGUCGAUAACACAUCCCGCCUCUACCCAUUCUGCGUCAAUUUGCGGAAUAAAUUUAUCGAGGCUGGUUUUAUAGAGCAGGAGAUGAUCAAAAACUCUCCUAGGUCCAAGAACCAAGCCUGUAGGAUCAGCUGUAAUAAGGCACAUGCAGAUGGAUCGGAUUCUGAAGGCCUCGAGGGAGGCCAUGGCGACAACGAUGAUAAGAACUGCAACAGCGGCGCAGCCUUCUUGUCCACUCAAGCCGGAGCACCCUCAUUGUCGCUGGAUCGAAAUGCCCGAAAACCACGUCCACUCCUCCUACACGCCACUAUCGCCAAUACGGUCUAUCUACCCCGUCGCAAGCAGCGGGAUGGGAAGCGCAAGGAACCGUUCAAGUUCGACGCGCGGCCGCUUCUGAUGGAAUUUGGCGAUUAUGAAUCCCCGAACACCGACUCAGAUAGCUGGGAUCAGGAGCGUGCGUACGGUAAGAACCAUAUCUUAUCGUUGGAAGUUGAAGGGGAGGGGGAGGACAAGGAGGAGGAUGAAGUGCUGGAAAAGCAGAAAGAGAGUAAGAGGGAGAGAAGGGAGAAGGGACCCUUUGUCUGGGCGAGGAAUAUUCCCAUUGAUCGUGUUUGUAUUUGCGAGAUGGGUGCAAAGCCGGUACCUGAUGAUGGUGCGAACGGUGGGCAGUUGCUGGGUGAGGCCUAUGUUAGUAUUGCGGAGGAAAGUUUGGUAUUUACGCCGCGGGUGGCAGGGGAUGGAGAUGGAUAUAAUGGGGAUCGGUCGGAUGAUGGGGGUGUUAGGCUACGUUAA